AUGUCGGACUACAGCACGGGAGGACCUCCGCCGGGGCCGCCGCCGACCACCGGCGGAGGCGGGGGGUCCGGAGGCGCCGGGGGAGGCCCUCCACCGGGCCCGCCAGGCGCAGGGGACCGAGGCGGCGGGGGCCCGGGCGGAGGGUCGUCCGGGGGCCCUUCGCAGUCCUCAGGCGGAGGUGGCCCGGGAAUUCGCAAGGACGCCUUCGCCGACGCCGUGCAGCGGGCCCGCCAGAUCGCAGCCAAAAUUGGAGGCGACGCUGCUACAACAGUGAAUAACAGCACUCCUGAUUUUGGUUUUGGGGGCCAAAAGAGGCAGUUGGAAGAUGGAGACCAGCCGGAGAGCAAGAAACUGGCCUCUCAGGCAGACUCCAUCAGUUCUCAACUUGGACCCAUCCAUCCUCCCCCCAGGACAUCAAUGACAGAGGAGUACAGGGUCCCAGACGGCAUGGUAGGACUAAUCAUUGGCAGAGGAGGUGAACAGAUUAAUAAAAUCCAGCAAGAUUCAGGCUGCAAAGUCCAGAUCUCUCCAGACAGUGGUGGCCUCCCUGAGCGCAGUGUGUCCUUGACAGGAGCCCCAGAAUCUGUCCAGAAAGCAAAGAUGAUGCUGGAUGACAUCGUCUCCCGGGGUCGUGGGGGCCCCCCAGGACAGUUCCAUGACAAUGCCAACGGGGGCCAGAAUGGCACAGUGCAAGAGAUUAUGAUCCCUGCAGGGAAGGCUGGCCUUGUCAUCGGGAAAGGCGGGGAGACCAUUAAACAGCUACAGGAACGUGCUGGAGUAAAGAUGAUUUUAAUUCAAGAUGGUUCCCAAAAUACAAAUGUGGACAAGCCCCUUCGGAUCAUUGGGGAUCCUUACAAAGUGCAGCAAGCCUGUGAGAUGGUGAUGGACAUCCUUCGGGAGCGAGACCAGGGCGGCUUUGGGGACCGGAAUGAGUAUGGAUCCCGGAUUGGCGGGGGCAUUGAUGUGCCAGUGCCUAGACAUUCUGUUGGCGUGGUCAUUGGCCGUAGUGGAGAGAUGAUUAAGAAGAUCCAGAAUGAUGCCGGUGUGCGGAUCCAGUUUAAACAAGAUGAUGGGACAGGUCCCGAGAAGAUAGCUCACAUAAUGGGGCCCCCAGACCGAUGCGAGCAUGCGGCGCGGAUUAUCAAUGACCUUCUCCAGAGCCUUAGGAGUGGUCCCCCAGGUCCUCCAGGGGGUCCUGGCAUGCCCCCAGGGGGUCGUGGCCGAGGAAGGGGCCAAGGCAACUGGGGCCCGCCUGGUGGGGAGAUGACCUUCUCCAUCCCCACUCACAAGUGUGGGCUAGUCAUCGGCCGAGGUGGCGAGAACGUGAAAGCCAUAAACCAGCAGACCGGCGCCUUUGUAGAGAUCUCCCGGCAAUUGCCGCCCAAUGGGGACCCCAACUUUAAACUGUUUAUUAUCCGGGGCUCGCCCCAGCAGAUUGAUCACGCCAAGCAGCUCAUCGAGGAGAAGAUUGAGGGUCCCCUCUGUCCAGUCGGACCAGGCCCAGGAGGACCAGGCCCUGCAGGCCCCAUGGGGCCCUUCAAUCCUGGGCCCUUCAAUCAGGGGCCACCAGGGGCUCCCCCUCAUGCCGGUGGUCCCCCUCCUCACCAGUACCCACCCCAGGGAUGGGGCAAUACCUACCCCCAGUGGCAACCACCUGCUCCUCAUGACCCGAAUAAAGCCGCCGCAGCCGCCGCAGACCCCAAUGCAGCCUGGGCCGCCUACUACUCACACUACUACCAGCAACCCCCAGGCCCCGUGCCCGGCCCCGCUCCUGCACCCGCAGCCCCACCUACCCAGGGCGAGCCCCCACAGCCCCCACCUGCUGGCCAGUCAGACUACACGAAGGCCUGGGAAGAGUAUUACAAAAAGAUUGGCCAGCAGCCGCAGCAGCCUGGAGCUCCCCCACAGCAGGACUACACAAAGGCCUGGGAGGAGUACUACAAGAAGCAGGCUCAAGUGGCCACUGGAGGGGGUCCAGGAGCUCCCCCAGGCUCUCAGCCAGACUAUAGUGCUGCCUGGGCUGAAUACUACCGACAGCAAGCCGCUUACUACGGACAGACUCCCGGUCCUGGGGGCCCCCAGCCUCCACCCACACAGCAGGGACAGCAGCAGGCUCAAUGA